AUGCACUUCCCCGCAAGAUCAGCAGUUGGCCUGGGCCUGAUGGCUGCCCAUGUCACGGCCAUUGUGCUGCCCAAUGUCCUCGGUCCUAUUGUCACUGUCGUCCCUUCAGGUCUGCCCCUAACUAUUACCGUCACCUCUACGAUGACCGGUUUGCCCCCGACAGCAUCAUUGAACUUAACGGCAUCAAUGAACUCGACGGCAUUGUUGAACACAACAUCAUCAUUAAACCUAACGGCAACGGCAAGACCGACCGUCUCGAUCAAGACCUCGGGUACCCCCUCUACUGUUUUGCCCACUCCCACCACGCCCCCAACUUCGGGUUUGACCGCCGAUCAGCAGAAAGCCCUUAACCUUCACAACAUAUAUAGAGCCCAGGUUGGUAAUGGAGACUUGACCUGGGAUGACGGCCUUGCCCAGAGCGCUCAGAAAUGGGCAAACUACCUCGCCGCUUCUUCCCUCUUUGAGCAUGACCCGAACACGGGUGGCCAGGGCGAAAAUUUGGCCUAUUUUCAAGGUGUCACCGGCUCCCAAUACGCCAAUGCUGUCCAGCUUUGGCUUGACGAGAAGGAUCUGUACGACGGGAAGCCCAUUACGGACAAGGCAGGCGUGCCCAACUACCAUACAUAUGGCCAUUACACUCAGUGUAUCUGGAAGUCUACCAAUAAGGUCGGCAUGGCCAUGGCAACGGGUCCAGACAAUAAAGUCUAUGUGGUUGCCCGCUACCUCCCCCCCGGAAACUACAUUGGCCAAAUGCCUUACUAG